UUACCUGGACUUGCUGUUUGACCUCCUUUGUCCACUUAAUUGUUAAACGUAGGCUUUUUCCGACCACAGAGAAGACAGUUAGAAUGUAUAGCUGCGGUUUUGUAGUUUGUUUUCUGAGCUAGCUUAAAUGAGCUAACGGAAAAUGUCUAAAAAGUCAAAAAAGAGAAGGCACAAGAAGUCGUCAUCCUCAAGUGAAGAAGAUGAGAAGGUAUCACGGGAACAAGAUGACAAGAGAAAAAAAGCUGUAAAGAGUCGUGAGAGGAGCCAUAAGGAAAAAGAAAAAUCUGUUCCUUCCACCAUUAAUGAUGACUUCCAAAGCAUCCGCCAGAUCAAAAAGCCUGUCUACAGAUUGGCAAACACACAAGCAACAGAACAGAAACCCAUUAAGAAGGAAGAACAGUAUACUAAAACAGAAAGUGUCUCUGUGCCAUUCCAUGGGGAAAAUUGCUCCAGCAAAGCGAAACAUUAUGUUUCAGGGAAAGAUAAAACUGUCAGUGGAAGUAAGACAGUGGAAAGGGAACCCUCAACACACUUGAGCACUAACAAUUUACGUACACCUCCUCCGAGAACAGAGAAGACAUCUAAAGGCAGGAAAGAUGAAAAGUCUUCCCUGAGGAGCCCAUCCAAAUUAGGAAAGUACUCAACAAGUUGUAGUUUAGUCUCUGCUGAACAGAAGCAGAGGAACGAUGCACACAGAAGGAAGCAUAUAGCUAAGGAACCGUCAAGAACUAGAAAUGACAGUAGCACUCACAAGACCCGGGAACCUACCUCCUCUUCCUCCAAGGAUUCCUUAGAGGAAGGAAGAAGGGAGCUGGUCAAAGACAAGCACCAAAGGCUUCAAGAGAAGGAGUCAAAGGCCAGAAGGAGCUUGUGUCCAGAAGCAGAAUAUCCCUCUGCCUCUGACCUAAAGAAGUCUUCCAGCUUAGCCAAACACACUUCUUCAGAGGGUCGCUCUCAGGUGCUGAAGAAAGACACUUCAGUUUCAUGGACUGUCACAUCAGGGUCACAUAAAACAGCUCAGUCAUCAUCUACUCAAACACAAAUACCUCCUCUCAUACCAUCGGUGCCUCCCGAUUUUAAGAUACCAAAAAAGGUUCAGCCAAGACAAGUUGAUGACGGUAAAGCAAUUUCCACAAUCACAAAUGUCAAACGUGGAAUUAAGCUCUCAGAUUCGGAGAAGGUUUCGGUGAGCAGCACUAAUCAGCAAACUGUCCAACAAGCUCACAGCUGUUUGGAUGUGGCACAUACAUUUGAAGGACAAGAUAAAAAGUCAUCUUUGUCUCAUCAGCUCCCAACCACCACCACUACGCCGUGGCACGACCAGAUGCAAGUGGUUGAAGAGCUUCAUCUUGCUCGCUCUGAGAAGAGACUGGAGGUCAAUAUCAUGCAGAGCUAUGGAGAGCUCACCUGCAUGGACAUAGAUUCUCCAGAAGAGGCACCUGCAGAUACACAGUGCACGCAGCCCCCUCAGCAAGGCCUGAUCCUCGUUCUGGACACCAACAUUCUCCUCAGUCACCUGGAUUAUGUGAAGAAGAUCAGAUUUCACGGCCUUGGAGCCCUGGGCCUCCCUGUCGUCCUGAUCCCCUGGGUGGUGCUUCAGGAGUUGGAUUCCCUAAAAAGAGGAAAAGGCUUUGCAGGAUCUGUGGCCCACCUGGCAACUCCUGCCAUCUCGUACAUUUACAACUCUUUGAAGAGACGAGAACCUUACCUCUGGGGGCAGUCUAUGCAGCAGGCCGCUGAGAGCAUCAAUGGUGUGAAUGCUGAGAAUAAUGAUGACAGAGUGCUGCAGUGCUGCCUGCAAUACCAGAAUCUGUAUCCAGAGUGUGCUCUUAUCCUGUGCACCAAUGAUAAGAAUCUGUGCAGUAAAGGUCUCCUGAGUGGGGUGCAUGCCCUCUGCAAGAAUGAUUUGGAGUCAAAGGUUGAGAGAUCCAGACAUGGCCUUGACAUCCUGGAAAACAUUCAGGCUCCCAGGCUGCCUCACGUCAGCCCCCAGAUCUCAUCACCAAUGCUAAGCAGGAGUAGCACACCAGUUCAGCCACACAGUCAAGAGAAAGCAGGCUGUUCUGUGGGACUCAUAGAGAAAGAUACUAAGCGGCUCGGUGAAAGAGACGAGGAAAAGACAAAAUGGGACCUUAGAAGAAAUGUUUCUGGACUAGAGGACUGUUUACGUGAGGUGCUGUCUGAUGUGUUAGAGGUGGAGAUGAAGGCUGUUUAUGAAGACCUCUGGAUAGAGGUUAUUUAUCAAAAGCCACCCUGGACUCUUAAAGAUGUCCUGCAGUGUUUAAAAAAGCACUGGAUUGCUGUUUUUGGGUUCAUUGUCCCACGGAGUAAACUGCAAACUGUUUUGAAUCUCAUCAACUUCUUUAACUCAGGUGAAGCAGUGGACUGUAGCACUACCUCAGUGGCACUUCAAGAAGCUAAGGAGCUUGUGAAAGCUUUCUGGAAAAGUUCGAGCCUUGUUCCCAACGCCAUCUCUGUAAUGGACGUCAUAUUCAAUGAGCUGCAAUCUCAGCUGCAUCCGUCUGCGGAGGGAGAUUCUUCUUCCAGUGAUAUUGUCAUGAAUGAUGAUGAUGAAGAAGAGCAGCCCACACCUGCUCAGGUUUCUCACCAGGAAGUGUGGGCUGUGUUUGAGAGCAUCUGGUCUAAAGUUUACUCAAUGAGCUUGGAAGUGUUCAAAGCUCUGGGCUUUGACCCUUACACCAUGCAGAGUGCUCAGCCAGUGGGAGGUCCGCCACCACCACAGGACAGCUUAGUCUGUUUGCACAAACUGUCCUCCAUGGUCUCACAGCUGCUCCAAGCCUUCAGCAGUGUUUUGUCCUCAGCUCCUGGUUUGGAGGAAGUCCAAAAUCUACUCAGCAUCAUCCAGUCCAAUGAGCUUACUAAUGAAGAUUCCAGAUUAACAGCCAAAGACCUUCUUGACUGUUUCUCACAACACAACUACAGGGAGAAGCUCAGAGUCGGAGGGAGCCAGUUAAUGGAGCUGCAACAGGCCUUGGACCAUUGUGUUUGGGCCACGAGCCAACACAGCACCUUCACCACGUAGCGCUGAUUGGACCUGUGUCGGGACGUUUGCUCAUCAGCCAAGCAGAUGCUGAAAUACGAGACCCUUUACUUGGACUAAAAACUGUAAGUUAAAGGCAUAACUGCUCAGACUGAGCCUCUUGUGACUGGACCUGUUUACCUCUUCAUCCUCCAUCCAUACAAACGUUUAUUUCAAUACUGUGUCCUCUGAGUGAAUGGAUGUCUGUGGAUGUUCUCUAUCAUUCUAAAGGUUUGUUAAACACUCUAUUUCCUGUAUUCCAGUAUGUGGAAUUCAGUAAGUAUUGCUGUGAGCAUUCUCCAACAUUCAUUCAGCUUUUUUACAUUUGAUUCUCAGGUCUCCUCUCAAUCUUCCAGUCAGUUGAGCAGUGAGUUUUCAUAUUUCAUCCUCCGCAGGACAUUUUUACAUUUCAAGUAACAUUUAAUGAAGAAAUGUUCACGCACCUUACAUUUUCUAUCUAUUUAUUUAAAGAGAUCCGUUAAAUGACAGAUCUUUAUCGCAGCUUCUCACGGGUUAUAAAUUUGAGAGCAGAAUAUGUUUUAUGUAAGAGUUUGAUGUUUACAACAAGAAACUGCUGCAUUUAAUGACUAUUAUUUUAUCAUUUUGGUUGAAGUCAAAUGUAAAAGAAAAAUGAGAGUUUAUUUUAAAAGGAGUUGUAAAUAUUUUGAAGCGUUGUCUUAUUAAAGACUUAUUUUUCUUAUCUGCA